AUGUCUGGUAUGCUUGUCACUGGUGUCGUUGCUUGGCUGGGCCUUCUCUUUUACUACCACUACAAUCGAAAGAAGAAUGCAUCUCCGAGUCUCCCUCCGGGUCCUAAGCCUUUGCCCAUCCUCGGCAACAUCUUCGACCUUCCACCACCUGGAAUUCCUGAAUUCCAGCACUGGCUCAAGUUCAAGGAUCUCUACGGCCCAAUCAGUUCCAUCACAGUCCUGGGACAAACCAUAAUCAUCCUCAGCGACAAGCAGACAACGGACGACAUUCUGAACAAAAUGUCGCUCAAGACGUCGAGCCGCCCAAGAUCGUUUUUCGCAUACGAGAUGUGUGGUUUUGAGAACUUCACGUCAGGCAGACCGUACGACGCAACCUUUCGACUGCAUCGGAAGUUGAUGCAUCAGCAAGCAGGCACAAAAGCCAUCGCCUCACAGUACAAUCACAUUCACGAGGUAGAGUCCCGGCGACUUCUGAAGCGGAUGUUAGACGACCCAAAUAACCUGCUUAAGCAUUUCAAGACCGAGGCGGCCGCCAUGAUACUCAAGAUCGUGUAUGGCUAUUCCAUCGACCCAGACGCCACCGAUCCUCUGGUAGAGUUGAUCGACAAGAUGAUGUCCAACUUUUCGGAAGCAAUGUUCAACAGACUAGUCGACAUGAUUCCAGCUCUCAGGCAUCUGCCCGAUUGGUUUCCCGGCACAGCGUUCAAGGAGACAGCCCGGCGAUGGAACAAGAUCAAUCGCGAUACGGUAAACAUUCCAUACUCGUUCGUUGAGCGCCAAAUGGCAAACGGUACCCAUCGCCCAUCCAUGGUGUCAGAUCUCAUCGAACGAUACACCAUGACUGAAUCGCAGAACGGAAAAUUGGAUCGUGACAAGGAGGACGCUAUCAAAUGGGCGGCAGGAAUCUUGUACGGCGGAGGAUCAGAUACUACUGUCGCCGCUCUGAGCUCCUUCAUAUUAGCCAUUGUCCUGUUCCCGGAAGUCCAGCAGAGAGCACAAGAGGAACUCGACAGUUUGCUCGGCACAUGUCCCGAACGGCUUCCGCGCUUCGAAGAUCAGGAACGCCUUCCAUACACCUCGGCUCUUGUUACAGAGGUGCUACGAUGGUAUGGAAUUGUGCCAAUUUCCACGCCUCACAUGGCCGACCAGGAGAUCAUCUAUGGCAGUUACCGCAUUCCAAAGGGAGCCUGUCUGCUUCCCAUAGCCUGGUGCCUUCACCACGAUCCGCUCACAUACCAAGACCCCUUUUCUUUCUCGCCAGAGAGAAUUUGCCCCGGUCGAUACUUGGCCGAUGACAACCUCUUCAUAACGAUUGCGCGGAUUCUAGCUGUCUUCAAUAUCACAAAGGCGGUGGACGAACAUGGAAACCCGAUAGAGCCUCGUGUAGGGUACACGCCAGGGGUGGUUUCUCAUCUGACACAAUUUCCGUCUACGGUAGACCAUCCAUGGGAGAAGAGCGACGUUGAUUCUCUUAAUUUUGAUGCCGAAUUAAUGACCAGCACAUGA